CUUACUGUGUAGGUGGGCAAUGGUUGCCGGGAGCCGGGAGCAAGGUUCCCGCCCCACCCGCAGCAGCACCGCCCGCCGCCGGCAGGGUACGCUCUCCACGGAGCCUGUCCCGCUCCUGGCCGGCCUGCGCCUGCGCGGGGCUUCCGCCAGUCGGCGAAGCGGUGAGAGCUGCUCCACUUGCUGCGCACUGGGACUAAGAUGGCAGCGGCGGCCCGGCUGCGUUGGGGAGCUGCGGCUGCAGCCGCAAGGCUGUGUAGGCGAUUCUGUCCUAUGAUGAAUCUGUAUACCAUGACAAAACAGCCUCUGCAUCAGUUUGUACAAAGACCACUUUUCCCACUGCCUGCAACCUUAUGUAACACAGUGAGAUACAUGUUUAUUCAAACACAAGAUACCCCAAAUCCCAACAGUUUAAAAUUUAUUCCAGGAAAACCAGUUCUUGAGACAAGGACCAUGGAUUUUCCCACACCAGCUGCAGCAUUUCGCUCCCCUCUGGCUAGGCAGUUAUUUAGGAUUGAAGGAGUAAAAAGUGUCUUUUUUGGACCAGAUUUCAUCACUGUUACAAAGGAAAGUGAAGAGUUAGACUGGAAUUUACUGAAACCAGAUAUUUAUGCAACAAUCAUGGAUUUCUUUGCUUCUGGCUUACCCUUAGUUACUGAGGAAACAUCUUCAGGAGAAGCAGGAUCUGAAGAAGAUGAUGAAGUUGUGGCAAUGAUUAAGGAACUGUUAGAUACCAGAAUACGGCCAACUGUGCAGGAAGAUGGAGGAGAUGUUAUCUAUAAAGGCUUUGAAGAUGGCAUUGUACAGCUCAAACUCCAAGGUUCUUGUACCAGCUGCCCCAGUUCAAUGAUUACUCUGAAAAAUGGAAUUCAGAACAUGCUGCAGUUUUAUAUUCCAGAAGUAGAGGGUGUAGAACAGGUUAUGGAUGAUGAAUCUGAUGAAAAAGAAGCAAACUCACCUUGAAAUAAUUAGAGUUUUCUUUGGGCCCAGCAGUUGGACUUCUUGAUAAUAUAUACCAAGCUUUUAUUAUUAAUCUGCUAAGGAACUUGAGGAUUAAUAAAAUAUGCCCUUUUUUCAGAGA